CAAUCUCGUACCGAGAUCCGACGACCACGCUUGCGCGCCCCGGACCUGUCCCGCGGGCUGUCAAUACAGUUCGCCCCCUUUUGCGCCGAGUCAAAUAAGCGCCCCACGCUCCCACGAUGCCCGGCUCCGAGUUGCGACAAUUGCAGUCCGACGGAACCCGGCUUCCCUCCUUCUACUCUCCGCGCCCGGAACCACCAGAGACGCCGCACAACGACGCCGAUAUUGAACAGGCCGACUUCUCCAUUUCCGGCGGCAAUCCCGCGUCUGCGAGCGACGGCGACAAUGCGGAGGACGCCUCGCCGGCGCAACCGGCCACGCCGUUAACACAGCCGCCGCCGGCAUCGCUCCUCUCCCCGGCAUUCACUCCACCAUCAACGCCCGGGACGGCAACACCGAGUGCUGCCGGCCCCGCUAUCCCCGCCGAACCACGCGGCAUUCCGGUUGACAGCUCGAUCCCGACGGGCGGAUGCGGCACAAAGCAUCCACGGUUGCUCGAGAGGUUGCCGCAGGUGGAAUGCAUUGUGCGCGCACGCAUCCCGACGACGACGGGCGCCGAGAUGUUUCUGCACCUGUACAAGAACGACGUGGAUAACAAGGAGCACCUGGCUAUCGUGUUUGGCGGGAACAUUCGGAGCAAGUCCCUGGACGCUGUGAGAGAAGGCGAGACCGAGAUGGAUCGCCUGGUUAGAGGCGCUUAUACCGGCAGGCUGUACCCUGGGAGGACGACAAGCGGGUUUCCGGCGCUGGGGCCGCCCCUCGUCCGGAUACACAGCGAGUGCUACACCGGCGAGACAGUCUGGUCAGCACGGUGCGACUGCGGGGAGCAGCUCGACGAGGCGGCGCGGCUCAUGUCGCUGCCCGGGAACAAGGCCGGCGGCAUCAUCAUCUACCUGAGGCAGGAAGGCCGCGGCAUCGGUCUGGGCGAGAAGCUCAAGGCAUAUAACCUGCAGGACCUGGGGUCUGACACGGUCGAGGCGAACCUGCUCCUGCGCCACCCGGCGGACGCGCGCAGCUACGGCCUGGCCACGGCCAUGCUCCUCGACCUGGGGCAGAAGGAAAUCCGACUCCUGACGAACAACCCGGACAAGAUCCGCGCCGUUGAGGGCCCUCACCGCGAGAUCGUCGUCAAGGAACGGGUCGCCAUGGUGCCGCUGUCGUGGAAGGGAAAGGGGGGCUUCCGGGCGCCCGAGGUCGAGGGCUAUCUGAAGACGAAGAUCGAGAAGAUGGGCCACAUGCUAGAUUUGGGGAGUCUGCCAAGUUGACCGACUCCGUCAACCACGACCGCCCUUGUAAUCUACUUGUACUUACGAUAGAUAUCUGCAUGGUGCAUAGACAACGGCGUGUUACUUGCG